AUGGAAUCUCGAUCUUUAUCGGGAUUUUCAUUCGCCCAAAUAGCUGACCUGUUCAACAAGGGCUUCGAGGACUACAUCGGCAACCCAGUCAACCUCACCGCCGAGGCAGUGGCAGAGUACAUACCCCAAAACUACCUUUCCCUGGCACACAGCCAUGCGUUCUACAGCUCGGACAACCCAAAUGAACCCAUCGGAUUUGCCAUCAUAGCCAUCAGACCUGACAAACCCACCGAGAGCCGCCUCGGCGCCAUGGGAAUCUUCAAGGCUGCCAGGGGCAAAGGCGUAGGAGCCAAGGCCCUGAAAAUAGUUUUCGACGCCGAAAAGGCGCGCGGGACGGAAAUCGUCGGAUUUGAGUGUAUAAAGCAGAACACUCCUGCGGUCAAGUUGUACACCAACGCCGGAUGUGUCAUAAAACGAGAGCUCUUCGGGUGGCAGUAUACUCCCAAGGAUGGAGAAUUUGCAACAGACCCAGAAUUAAAGACUUGUUCGUUUGACGAGGUAGAUGUGUUGGUGAAGACGCACGGUGCAGCGGAUUUACCCUGGCAGGCAUGGGGAUUCAGCAAAUCGCCUGAUACACACAAGGCGUUUAGACUAGGUGAUGCCUAUUGUGUUGUGACUGAUCCCGAGGAUAAGGACAAGGAUACCGUCAAGCUGAGUUGCUUGAUUGUUGAUCCGCAGUCGAGGAGGAAGGGGGAGGCGACGAGGCUUGUGAAGGCAAUGAUGGCACAGUUUCCGGGGAAGAAGUGGAUGGCCACGCCGAUUUUCCCCAAGGAGUAUGGGGAUGGGUUGGCGGCGAAGCUGAGACUCGAGGAGACGCAUCUUACGCAGUAUCAACUGGAGAUUAAACUGUGA